UCUAUUAGUUGUAAUAUUGUUGGCCAUUCAUACACAAGUAUGAUAGCGAAUUUUAUUCUCUGGGUUCUUUUAAGUUUCUUUUUAUUACUAUGUUUAUAUUCAUACAGACUAUUCCGUUAUUGGAAAGAUCGCGGCAUUCCAUACGAUACACCCAAAUUAUUUAUCGGUAAUUUAGGGUUUGUCAUGAGAAAAAGUUUUUGGGAAUACUGUUUUGAAUUGAAAUCAAGGCAUCCGCGAGAUUAUGUUGGAAUAUUUCUCGGUUGGCAGCCUGCUUUGAUGGUACAAACACCGGAACUUGCAAAGAAGAUACUCAAUAAAGAUUUUUUGUACUUUCAAGAUAGAUUUUUGUAUUCAAAUGCUACGGACCCUCUUGGUUGCCUGAAUUUGUUUACUGUCAAGAAUCCAAUAUGGAAAAAUAUGAGGCACGAGCUCUCUCCCAUGUUUACAGCUAUGCGCCUUAAGAUUAUAACCGAACUUAUGAACCUCAAUGCAAAAGAAUUGGUACUGAAAAUCAAACGAGACUACGUUGACAAAAAAGAAAUGGUCGAUCUUAAGGAACUAUUUUCGAUGUACACAUCAGAUACUGUGGCUUACAGUGUUUUUGGAAUAAGAGUUAGUGUUUUAAAUGACCAAAACUCACCUUUGUGGUUUAUAACAAGUCACAUGGUCAAAUGGACAUUCUGGCGUGGCUUAGAAUUCACGUUAAUUUUUCUUAUGCCCGCUUUUGCUUCUAUUUUAAGACUAAAGUUUUUCUCUGAGGAAGCUACUGAAUAUAUAAAAAAGUUAUUCUGGAAAGUUGUUGAAGAACGAAAUAAAGCUAAAAACGCGAACUAUAAAGAUUUGGUAAAUCACUUGCUGAGUUUAAAAGAAAAUGUAAAGCUACCAGUCGACGCUAGCUCGCAAUUAGCUGAUGAUAUAAUGUUGGCGCAGGUAGCUGUGUUUAUAUUGGGUUCUAUUGAAACUUCAUCUUCUACUCUCAGUUAUUGUCUGCAUGAACUGGCUUAUCAUCCAGAAGAACAGGAAAUGCUUUACGAUGAAAUAAAAAAAGCGGUAAAUCAAAACGAUAUUGAAAUUAUGGAUUAUAAUAAUUUGAUGGAACUGAAGUAUUUAACUGCAUGUCUUCACGAGACAAUGCGUAAACACCCUCCAGUACCAUAUUUGGAUCGACUUUGUCAGAAAGAAUAUAAAUUGGAUGACCACGUUACAAUAGAAAAGGGUUUACCUGUAUUCAUAAACGUACUUGCAUUACAUUACAAUGAUGAGUAUUUCCCUGAUCCAGAAGAAUGGCGGCCUCAGCGUUUUAAUUCCUGUUCAGAAGGCGAUAAUCUUAACUAUAAUUUUCUUCCCUUUGGCGAAGGACCUAGAUUUUGUAUAGGUAAACGAUACGGCAUGAUGCAAAUGCGAGCAGCACUCGCUCAAGUGAUACUGAACUAUAAAGUAGAGCCAGCAGUGCCAUAUGCAGUGAGAUCUGAUCCAUUCGCUGUUAUAUUGGCUCCUAAAAAUAAAUUAAGUGUAAAAUUUAUUAAACGUUAGAGAAAAGUGUUUGGGUAAUGCAAUGAUUAAUUAUCAGGAAGUGCCAAAUUCGAUAUCAAAACGUUGCAAACUAAAUGCGUGGCUGCUCUUUACACACUUUCAUUUUAAAUUUUUGCAGUUUUAGUUGCCAAAAUAAAUUUAUAAAUAACCAAAAUUAUAGAGUUACGAAGUAUUUCUGUCGAGAAAAUUUACUAGAACAUCAGAUAUCUACAACUAUUUCAUCAGAAUUACGGCCAUCACAUCGCUUUGAACUUCAUAAAUUUAACAAUAGUUGAUGAGGUUUGAACCUAUAUUUGGAAUAGGUACUCACUUUAGAAGUUAUAGUUUCCUGAAAAACACUGUCAUAAAACAGACAUUUAAUUUUAUUUAUUUAGAUAAAGAUUAAUGCAAGGCCACCACAGCGAGGCAUAGUCUCUAAGAUGCUGGCAGCAUAAGAUAUUUACACAGAAUUAAGAGCAUACAGAAACCGUGUACUAGUUGUGUACACGAUUGAAGCUUCAAAAACCACACCACUUGAGUAUGGUUUCUCGAACCAACGGCUCGUCGCUUCACACCAUUUAGCAGUUGAAAGUUAUUUUACCCCUAAUUUUAUUUCAAAACGUUUCAUCAUAAAAGGGGAAAAAUUUUACAUUCCGCGGGUGUAAAGUGAAACGUGUGCGACGCGUUUUCACUAUUUUUGAACACUCAUUGCAUACAAAAAUGGCUGAAUGAGGAUUCUGUAUUUUCUUAAUUCAAUGGAUAUUUACGAACUGAAAAAACUGUGAAAGAAAACUAACAAAUGGGUGUCGGAAUAAAUGUACAACCUUACCUAGAUAAAAUAGUAUGGCAUAUAAAUAAAUAUGUCUGAAACA